CAGAGUUGUUCGGAAUUCGUGAUAGUUUUCCUCUGCGGUAAAGACCUCCGCGUAGCGAGGCAGAGUGCCGUGGUAGUUGAAGUCAUCCGUUUCUUAACAAGGAUUUAUAGACGCGCACGUAAAACCUUCCCUCCACAUAAAUUUUCUAUCUUUUCUUUCUGUUUUUAAAUCGUUGCUCGCGUAAUUUUUCCGUAUUAACUUCACUUCGUGUAAUUAAAUAUUAAUUAUUUUCGUAAUUCGUUGUCUCUCGUCGACGUCCUCGUCCGAUAAUUCGUUUCCGCCGCGACAAGUGCAGUGAUCGAAAAUCUUACAGUUCUUUGGUGUUUCAGAUCAUCAAGCGAAUACACAAAGCGAAACAACAACCGAAUUUAUAAAUCUUGGAUUUUAGUAUACAGCGUAUCGAUGGAUGAGGAACAACAAAAUAACCAACAAACAAUGAUGAAUAUGAUGCUGCAACUGCAGCAGCAACUGCAGGAGCAGCGGGAGCAGCGGGAGAGAGAACGCGCAGAGCAGGAGAGAAAACGCGUAGAGCAGGAGAGGCAGCAGCAGGUACUGCACCACCAAAUAACGGUGCUGCACCAGCAGCUGCAGCAAAUUUCUACGUCAACUGCGGCAACAACCUCCAAGAAGAACGGAAAGGAGCAGGAGCAGGAGCAGGAGGAGGAGGAGGAGGAAAAGGCGCCACGUAAACGAGGAACGGCUGCGGGAACAAGAAGAAAACCCUAUCGCGGGAGAUUCCCGAGGGGAGGAGGACGAGGCGGCAGAGGCGGCAGGGGGGGGCCGCCAAAUAAAUAUUAUAUUUCAUUUGCCUAAAUAAAUAAUUCUUUUAAAAACAA